AUGGAAGCCAUCAAAUUACUCCUUACUUAUGCAGCUCAUUGUACCUUCAAGCUAUUCCAAAUGGACGUAAAGUUUUAUGUUGAUGAUAUUAUCUUUGGUUCAGCUAAUGAGGAUUUGUGUGCAGAUUUUGCUAAGCUUAUGACUAAUGAAUUUGAUAUAAGAAUGAUGGGAGAGCUCAACUUUUUUCUAGGCUUGCAAAUCAAGCAAACUGCAGAAGGCAUAUUCAUUCAUCAAGAAAAAUAUGCUAAGGAACUUGUCAAGAAGUUUGGGCUGGAAUGUGCUAAGCCAAUGGGAACCCCCAUGCAUCAUAAUAUCAAGCUUGAUAAGGAUGAACAUGCUAAAGAUGUUGAUGAGACACGCUAUAGAGGGGUGAUUGGAUCUUUGAUGUAUCUAACCUCCUCAAGGCCUGAUAUCAUCCAAAGUGUUGGAGUGUGCUCAAGAUUUCAAUCAAAACCUAAGGAAUCCCAUCUCUCUGCUGUCAAGAGGAUCAUCCGAUAUGUGCUUGGUACCACUGAUUAUGGUUUAUGGUUUCCAAAGACUGAUUUCUUUCAAUUAGUGGGUUUUUGUGAUGCAAAUUUUGCUGGGGUCAGAAUUGAUAGAAGAAGCACUAGUGGCAUGUGUUGCUUUGUUGGGAAAUCACUCAUUGUUUGGUCAAGCAAGAAGCAAGCUACAGUGGCACUUUCAACAAUCAAAGCUGAGUAUAUUGCAGCCUCCUUUUAUAUUCAGUUUGUUAACUCUGAAGGUCAGCUGGCUGAUAUUUUCACCCAACCAUUGAUAGAAGAGAGGUUCUGCAAAUUACGGACUGAACUGGGCAUUCUUGCUUCAUCUAUGUUUUCUUAA